AUGUCUGAUAAUCCCUAUCCACAGGACGAGGGGUCGCAACUAUAUGAUAACUUUGAUAUAUCACCUCCUUCCAUUGUAAUUAGGAAAGCUGAUACCGAUCAAUCGUUAAACAAAAUUAUGCUCACACAGGAAUCCCAAGAUAUCAACAACUACUAUACUGAAAAUACCGACAACAACAAAAACAGCAGUAACUAUGAAGACUACACAUUUUCUGGAAAUUCAUCAAACCGACAACAAAACCAACAACAUAUGUAUGAGGACAUGUCCACCCAGUUUCAAUAUUCCAACAAUUCAUCAUUUGAGCCUCCACCAGCACCUACUGUGGAAUUGACAGAUGACCCAUUGCCUAAUUUCAAUUACCCUCCUUCAAACAUUUAUAUAAAUGAUAACGCGUCAGACAUAUCAUUAAACACAAAGGACUUACCUCAAUUUACCACUAACGAAUUUCUAUCUCCAACAUCACAACUCAGUACCCCCUUUUCACCUGGCCAUUAUUCACAACUGCUGCAAGAUUUCUUACAAGUGAAUCACACUAAUAGUAGCAACAACAACAAUUUAUUAAAUCCUCGUUCGCCGUCACAAUAUUCAUCGCAUUCCUUGUACUCAGACAAUUCAUCACAACCUGCAUCUCCAUUUUUAGAUGCAGCUUCCCAUGUUAGCAACAAUAGUUUUGUUCCCCCAGUGAUACCUUCUGCAUUAUCUGAUGUUGGGUCACAACACCUUGACCCAUCCAAUAACUUGGGAGUUUCUGUAAAUCAACAUUUUGAUUCUGUUAACGAAUUUUUGAGUGCAGGUGAAAUACAACUUGGACAAUCUGUUAGUUCAACGAAUUUGCCUUCUAUGGAAGAUAGUAUGAAAUGGGGUGGUAGUGGACAAGAAGUAUACACUAGUCUAGCGAUGAUGGAACAAAGAGUCAACACUGGUAACAGUGGCAUUGAAUUAGCAACACAUCAAUUUUCUGAGAUUCAAGUUAAACAAGACGAGCAACAACAACAGCAACAACAAGCUAAUAUCAAUCAACAGUAUAGUUUUUCAAACCCACAAAUGAAAUUUGAUUUCGAUAUAACAGUGACUCCUCCACCUCAACAACAAGAAGUGAAAUCUUACGGCAACGACAAGGAUUUAAAUAACAGUGGUUCCACUAACGAUAACAAUAACAGCCAACUUGAUAUUGUGAGUACUGCAGCUACGAACAAUUCUAACCAGUUAUUGACAGAAAAUAAUUUAUCCAAUUAUAAUCAAUUAAAUCAACAAACAAGACAAAGUAAUGACAAUGAUAGUUUACAGAUUCAUCGAGAUGCUUCAGGAAUAAUUAUUUCCAUCAAUCAAGCCCCUGAGGAAGUUGCAGCCAAAACACCAUCAUUAUUUAGUAAUUCUUCAGCAAAUUCAUCAAUUCAUAAUUCACCACGAAGUGAUAUUGAUAAAGGCAGUCAAUAUCACAACAAUGGCGAUGGUAAUAGUCUUUUACCGAAUUCACAAUUAUUACCUUCAUCACCAAACUCCAAUCAUGAUAGUUAUGCCAGUGGCAACGAUGAAAAUAAUCUAUUAAACCCAGAAGAAUUCCAAUCGGUGAAACGAGGACGAAGGAAAAGUCAUGCAUCAAGGUCAUCAACCAAUCCUCAUAGUGUAUCUCCUCGAUCAAGAUCGAAAUCACCAAAUGACGCCUCCGAUAAUGAAUCAGAAGAUGUAUUACAAUCACGAGAGAAAAUGUUAGAGUUGGCAUUACCAUCACUGUCGUCAAAACGAACUCAAAAACAUCCAAGUUUAUAUGCAUGUCAUUUAUGUGAUAAACGUUUCACUCGUCCUUACAAUUUAAAAUCACAUAUUCGAACUCAUACACAAGAAAAGCCUUUUAUAUGUAGUAAAUGUGGUAAACUGUUUGCUCGAUCUCAUGAUAAGAAACGACAUGAGCUAUUACAUCAAGGUAUUAAGAAUUUUAAAUGUGAAGGAUAUUUACAAGAUGGAACUCGAUGGGGGUGUGGUAAACUGUUUGCUCGUGCUGACGCUUUGCGACGACAUUUUCAAACCGAAGCCGGGAAGCAAUGUGUUAAGCGGUUGUUGUUGGAAGAACAAGCAAAUUCAAAUGGUAAACCAAUUGCUACUAGUAGUGGUGUUGAAAUUACUUAG